AUGUCUGCCUACGCUAAGGAGCUCAAUGCUAUCAUUAUCGGUGCCGGUCCCGCCGGGAUCGCUAUGGCAUACCGGUUGAAACAUGACCUGAAAUUUGAGGACUUCAGCAUCUAUGAAAAGCUGGAUGGUGUUGGAGGUACCUGGAGAACCAACACAUACCCUGGAUGUGGUUGCGAUUUACCUUCCCAUCUAUAUUCUUUCAGCUUCAACCUGAAUCCAAACUGGUCCAAGGAGCUCUGUGAGCAACCUGAGAUCCUUCAGUACAUGGACGAUACCGUUGACAAAUUCGACCUACGCCGACAUGUACAGACCUCAGUUGAAUGUAUUGGUGCUACAUGGCAUAGUGACAAGUCCAAAUGGGAGGUCCAUCUGAAGGAUAUCCAAACUGGUCUGGAGUAUGUGCGUUACGCUUCGGUCUUUGUGUCUGCUGUUGGGGCUAUCUCAUUUCCUCGUGAUGUGAAGUUUCCCGGCAUGGAGAAAUUUAAUUCGCCCAUGUUCCACACUGCUCGCUGGGAUCAUUCUGUGGAUUAUAAGGGAAAGCGCGUUGCAGUAAUUGGAAAUGGAUGCAGUGCUGCUCAGGUUGUUCCUGCGAUCGCAAAGGAUGCCGGCUUUGUCAAGCAAUAUGCCCGCAGUGGUCAAUGGUUCCAUGCUCGUCCCAACCAUGUCUACUCUGAGAUGGAGAAGUUUAUCUUUCGCUGGAUGCCCCUUCGACAGCGUUUGCUUCGCUUGCAGAUUUUCCUUGCCGCGGAUGAGGAAACGACCACUUACUUCCCGACUCCCAAGGGUCAGAAGGCGCGACUUGCCGUGGAGGAAGAAUCCAAGAAAUACAUUCGCUCCAUUGCACCUAAAAAGUAUUGGAAGCACAUUAUCCCCACUUUCCCACUAGGUUGCAAGCGCCGCAUCUUUGACCCAGACUACCUCGAGUCUCUGAAUCGUUCCAACGUCGAACUCCUACCCGAAGGUAUUCAGGAGAUGACUGAAACGGGUAUUAUCAGCAGCUCUGGAAUUAACGACGACUUUGACAUCAUCGUUUUGGCCACUGGUUUCCAGGUCGCCAAGUUCCUAACCCCCAUGCAGAUUAAAGGCGCAAAUGGUGAAUACCUUCAAAAGCAGUGGGACGAGUGCCGUGGUGCUCAGGCCUACUUGGGCACACAUGUGCACAACUUCCCCAAUCUAGCAAUUAUAUUUGGACCCAACACAUUCCCCGCAAACAACUCCGCGCUUUUUGCUGUCGAGACACAGGUGGCUUACGCUGUGGAGUCACUUUUCAAGCCUCUGAUUGACCGUCGUGUCAGUAUAUUGGAAGUGAAGCAGGCGGCAGAGGACAGAGAGACAAAUGCAAUUCAUGCGGAGCUGGUUAGCACAGUAUUCGCUGGUGACUGCUCAAACUGGUACAUUGGUAAAUUCGGCCGCAAUGCCGCAUCGUGGCCUGGAUUUGCACGUUCCUACUGGAUGCGGACAUUGUUCCCAGAUUGGUCUGCGUUUAACAUGAUCGGUGGCAGCAUGUUUUGGCCCUUCUACCGCGUCCGUAGGCUCAUCAGAUGCCUUUCACCUCUCACCCAGGCUUUACUGAGCCUCUUUGUGGUUGCUGUUGCUUCUCGACCGUCGGUCGCAAAAACGAUCCCCGCUGUCAUCCAAAAUUUACCGGCCGUGGUAAAAUCGUGGUUCAACCAAUACAUCCAGGCUUAA